AAAAUUACUCAUUCCUUUCCGUUUCAUUUUCCUUUUUUGACCUGCGCAUUGAUUCUUUCUCUCCUCCUCCCGUCACUAUUUGCUUUUGCCUGAACCCUCAAGUUGGUCAUCAAAGGAGAGCCGCUCUUUACAAGGCUGGAUAGCAAUUAGCUACCCUGGAAGUCUUGAUCGCGGGAAAGGCUAUGGUGCUGUGGUUAGGGAUGAUCAACCAUAGGCAGCCCUGCCCAAAGCCGAUAGAGGAUUCCGUAGUCAACCAGGCCAUCUCGAGCUCUAGCCUAGUGUAUCAGCCAGCACUGUGGUUGAAGCCAGGUAACUACUCGGUGGGAUAGUCAUGCUAGUUGGCGCAGCCUGGUAAACUAGUGAGCUAGCUAACGAGCUAGUUAGUUAGUUGCACUUUGCUGGAAGAUUCUUCCUCGCACUGCGGAGCUCCAGGACUCCGUAACUUCUUCGUACUCUGAACUCCAUACAUGAGUUUUAAACCACACCAGCCCCGUUCGAAAGUGACAAGUCGCCGCUUGUGUGUAGUGAGCUAGAUUUUGUCGAAACCGAGAAUGCGCAUCAAUUGAUAGGGUUGUAGGGUUGUCGUGGAAAUAACAAGCAUACUUGGCUGAAAAGAGAGUUUCCCCAGAAAGGAUGGAUCCCUCGGUGUGAUGCAGGGAAGCAGGAGUAAAGUAAGAAUUGGGCCUUCUGUGGGGCGGUUGAUAUCAAACUCUCUAAGGCAUGCUUGAUUAUUUGUUUAUACGUACCUGGUAUAGGGGGUAGCUAACUAGUUAAGCUUAACUACUUAUUCUACUAGGUGAAUUGAUGAUGUGAAGAUGCCUCACAGACAACCGGCCUACUCAGCUGUGGGCACUUACUCAAUCCCAACGAGCCAGGAUGGAAAGCAGUUAGGGGUGUACAAAUGCAAGGUAUCUCACAGCUCGAGUAACGAUGUGACACAGCACAGGCCAAUGGCCGGAAUUAGGCUGUCUGAAGCCAACCUAAGUAGGUGGGCAACCGAUCACUAGCGAGAUAGCCGCCGGAAGUGUGGUGAGGUCAAGCAUUUCGAAAUCGAAGAGUUCAUCCCAAGCACAGAAGACAUGGAAUCUUCUGAGCUUUAUUUACUCCGUACCUCUGUUGCAGACGGGUAAGAAACGGGUACAGCCAUACUCUGUAACUGGUCAAGAGAUAGUGGGCUUAAUGCCAAAAGAGGGGCCAGUGGUCCGCAUAAUUGCAAUUCGGCCUAGGGCAAGGCUGGAAGCACACAGGCUCUUCUCCCGGGAGACAGUUUAUGUUCCGUUAAAGCCAUAUGUUUGAUCACCCAUCGCUUCGUACGGGAGUAAUGUUAUGUGUCUCCCUCUUUCCAGUCCGCAACCUAGUAAUCAAGAUUCCGCUUGAAUUUCCUACUCUGUAUACAUCACAUAGGGAAGCAACUCGUACAUACAACAUUCGAGUGUUCCCAAUAAUGCACAGUCUUCGUGCAGAAGCGACUACCCCCUAGGAUCUGGUUCGCUGUAGAGAGCUGGACAUCUCUCAAAUUCAUUAAUGCGAAACCAGCUCUGUUCUAACCAGCAUGUCUUGUUAAGCUACCGAGACUGCAGUAUUAGCUGGGGAAUCAGAAGCAAUAACGUAGAUUUCUGGGAUAGGUAGCUGUGCGAUUGACAGGCUGAGAUAAUCUAUACCAUCCCAGCAGAAGUUUGCCUCAAAUUUGGGAGCUCCCAAAUAGAAUAUCGGGACCCUGCGCUUCGCUUGACGACUGCAUCGUAGUAUUGUUUUUGUCGUCUCUGUCCAGCGAAUUUCAAAUACGAGUGGACCGAGGACGAUCCCAAUUCGAGACCCGAGAAGAAUAUUGGAGAACGAGAGCAGGAGUGGAUCGUAACCAGCAUGACAAAAGCCGGAGGCAGCAGAAGUAGGGCAUCGACGGAAACAUAACUUGGUUAUCCAUCCUCCUUGAAAGCCGCUUCUUUUACGGAGCAACUGGAAUCGGGAGGUUGAGGGGGAUAGAAAUAUCCACAAAGCCAGCGAUUGUAAAGCUUGUACACCAUAAAUACGGGCCUGGCUUCCUCCUAUCAACCAUAGGAAUAUUCUUGGGCAGGAACCUAGAGCUCAGUUUCCAUUGGACGAGAUCUCUUUCCAAUUUUUCCAUUGGUCUAUCGGAAAGCGGAAUUACUAAAUGCCGCUUUAAGCUCGGGCGGUCGGGCCCCGGCGGGGUCUGUUGAUUACAUAAACGUCACCUGACCCUCGCAGUUGGAAUUACUAGAAAGGACGAGAGACAUUAGCCGCACGUCAACUUCGAGUGAAACUAUUUGGACUUGCUUGGUCUUCGUCGUGCUUGCGAGCUGUGAAGUGACCUGGCAGCAUGUUUCUUUAGUGACUGUCCCUUUCCUCUCUUCUUUUCUCCUUGUCCUCUUUUAUGUCUUGUCUUAGAUUUUAAUAACAAGUUCUUCGCUUGUGCAUUAACCCCGGCUAUCCAGAUACCUAUUCCACUGGAUAACUAGCCACAGUUUUCUCACGGUCCGCUCCGCUCAUAUUAGGGGGGUUAUCUGCAUGGCACAACCAUGGUGGUGUUCAUAGACCAUUCGCUCGAAGAUGCGUCUCCGAGCAAACCUGCUAUCGGCUCCUUCGAGUCAGGGAACAUACCCCCGCCGUCAUUCACCAAGGAUAGUCAAUUCAUGCUCGCCGCAUCCUUGCCCCAACUGCGAGCUGGCGAUUCCACCAGGACGGAGAUAGUUGAUAAAACUGGACCCGAGAGGGAUAUGGAUCCUUCGAGCCUGAAUGGCAUUAUAUCUAUGGCAUUAAGCUGCUACCCGUACGCAAAAACAUCACACCUUUUGCCGCUGUUGUUGUUGUUGAGGAUGAAAUAUGUUGAUUCUCUCUAUAUAUUUCUUCCUUUUUUGAAUGCUGUGGUAUCUGGCAAUUUCUUGUUCAAGAUUGUUGACCAUCAUACCUUGCUUGUCUUUACGUUCUUAUUUACAGGAUAGUGACCAUGCUCGCUCGGUGUGUGGACCUAACUACUCUACAUUCAUUAUCCAUGACAUGUCGUCAGGUCCACUCUACGCUCCUUAUCUUUCGAAAUCAGCUCGUCAAGGAAACCCUACGCUGUAGGAACGAGGUCCUUGACGACAUAAUAAUUCAGUCUCGCUCAAGGUCAUCUAAUGUCCAAUGGGGUAGUCGGCCUCCUACCCGGAACGGCAGUCUUACUUGGGGGAAAUCUGGACGUUGCGCCAGAGAUAUGGUUGACAAAUGCCAGCGUUGCGACGAAUAUGUUUGUAGGAACUGCACGGUCAAACCUCCUUCAUUAGCAAACUUAAAAAACCGUUUGCGGCGGAUUUGCCCAGCCUGCAUCGAAGCACCUUUAAGUAACCAUAAAAAUGGGAUGGCCACAAAUGGACAAACUUCCGGCCUGCAUAUAUGCACCUGUGAUACCAAUUCUUGGUACUGCCGUCCCUGUGGCCAACACUUGAGGGCCGAAGAUGUCACCUACCAACGUGUCUGGUCAUGGCGCACCAGGUACAAUGAAUUUCUCGGCGGAGGUGGUCACUGGGUCGGGUAUGGAGACUGCGGCCAGGGUGUGCAGUGUGGCCUUGAGCAAAGGUGUCUUGCCGCCGAGUACAUUGAGGUAGAAGUGGACUGUGAAGUCGGAGACCGGGUUUCGGAGUUUUCCCGUUCUGAUAGUUCGAAUGACAGCUCCCUCGAGCAUCUUCGUCAUUCUAGCUCGUUUUCGCAUUCGGAUGGCCGGGAUGAUGAGGAACCAGGCUACCUCCGGCAAGAGAUCGAGGGAAUCGGGGGUGUGGUCAAGCAAAAAGUCAAGAAGAGAGUCCGUGUAGGGGCUAGUGUCGAGGAACGUGACGAUGACCGGGAAAACGCAACAUACUUGAAACAAGAAACCUCAGGCGCCGUGCGAAGUCGAUGCGGAUGGUGUUCUGGGAUUGUUCCAAGCAAUGUUGAAAGGAAUCGUGACUGAUUGUUACCACAAGCAAAUACAUAUACGGUAGAUGUCUUGGCAAGCAUUCCCUGUCGGCACACCAUACUGUUGCACGUAUAUAAUCACAUGAACCAUGACAUUAUCUCUUGUUCGCAGCCUUGUGGUUUCUGUAGGCUGUGCCUCAAACAAAGCUCCUUUCUAUCACCGAUGCUGUUUCCUGCACUCAACCUUAUCACGCAUUGUCUUUUAACUCUGAGGAUUCCUGUUCCUGACGCUUAGAGUGAACUUCAAGUAAUUUUCGCAUCACUAUCAGACCUCGAACGUCAAAUGUAUGACUGCCGGUCGUCAGUGCUGCGAUCUAUACCACCAUCUGUUGAUCAAACAUAUCGUCAUAGGUAGUGUUGGUCCGAAAUUUAGAGUUUUGAUGAAACACCACCAGGAAUGCUUUGAUCACCACUAAAGCAUAGCCUAACAUCAACAGCACCCCUUUCAUAGUAACUAUAGACUUAGGUAGAAAUUCAUUUUCAAUCAUUAUAUACUAGAUUUUAACUCCCGUACAGUCAAUUAUUCUAAACCCCAAACAUGGUCUUGAGUCAAACGCAUUCAUUUAAUCAGCCAGGAGGCACAUUGUGUUGGAAAUUUUACAGGGUGGGUUCGAGCUGUUGAAUAUGCAUGCUUACUAUCGUCUCUUACUAAUGUGUCUUAAGAUAUCCCAAAUUAUCAUUAGUUGUCUAGGGAACAUAUUCCGAAAUAUUAACCGGCUGCUAGAUAUUUCUAAGCUGUGUACUGUAGAGGCUGCAAACCGGACUGUACAACAGCCUUAUCUACCCCUUGCAGCUUAAUGAAACAAGAGGCUGAUUAUGUACUUUCAGUAGAAUAAGAGCAGAAUUUUCACACAAGGCGCGGAAAGUGCCAGAGCAGCAUUUUGGAAGGAUCUACUGCGUCAUGUUACUAAUACGACGAUCUAGCCAGGCUAUCUUCAGCUUCGAUAUGCUUCCAUGGGCUGGAAGAAGAGAGUAAAGGGGGGGAGAGGAAGGCACCUUCCGGAUAACAAGGAAAUAGCAGUGAAGUAGGUAGGAUGGAUGUUUGUCGAGGUGCUUUCCCCUAGCUGCAGGAUCACCUCGCUACCCAACACAUGAAGGAAAUCAAAACCGGCCUGAUGGGGGAAAUAAGAUAUUCAUGUUGCGAGGGAUGGCAUCCGAAAUAGUAGGGAUAGAUAGAAGGACUCCUAAUUAAAAUGACCAGUUCAUUCUCCCGAUUCGCUCUUGUACUGGCGAAAGAAGGAGAAGACAGGCUUUUGAAAAGCACGGCAGAAUGACAUGGGAUAUCAGAGGUUUGUAAUCUGGUAAUGGCCAACUGGCAGCUUUUGCCUUCAAAUGUUCAAUAGGAAAAGAUAGCAGGGGAGUAGACCAUUGGAGGAGAAGGGCAAAACCAACAGUUAAGACUCCGCAUCUCGCGGCUGUGAUUGGACGGGGAUUUUUUACA